AGUGACUCCUUGUUGAAAGUGAAAAAAUUCCUGAUUAAUAUGAUAGGAAAGUCAAUCGACAUUUUUCGGAUUGCUACCCCUUUAUCUGAUCAUCCCCAAUCAUACAUCUGAUUGUAGUUGUGUACUUCUGACCAGCCUUAGAAACUGUCUUUCAUUAACCUAUCGCUCGUUGGAAAGGUAGGCAUGGGUUUUAGUUUUUUAUCGUGAAUCGUAAUCGUCUCAUCUUCACGGUGAGCGUUCGUUUUCUUCCCAUCUUCAACAACACCCUAAUCUUCACCCGAUUUUCGAUCAUUUUCAUUAUCGUCAUGACUCUUUCAGACUCCGCUGCUACUAGAGCUCGGAGACGGAGAGAAUCGAGUUGAAUAGGAUGAAGGAACAAGAAGCUGAGACGUUUCGAAAUCUCGAUUUUGUGUCUCCUAGCACUCUGCCGAGUAACCGUACCAGUGGCAGAGCCAGUACAGCGGGUCGACCAUCCAGUGCGUUAAACGGUGAGAUGAAAAGUCCUCGCUCUCUAUCCAAGCUUUCCUCGAUUUCCGUCUCUAGUACUGCUAGCCUCAGUGCGAGUGGCAAAAAGAAGAUCCUCAAGGUCCAGCAAUUGCAACUGGGAGUGAAGAGCUACGCGCAGCGUCGACGAGAUAGUGCGUCAAAGCUUUCGGCGAGCUUGCGCCUGGCAGGGGUAACGGAGGAGCAGCACGUGCACGCGGUAGAAGACCUUCACUUUGACAAAGAGCUUGCCACGCUCGGCCUAGGUUCCGACGCAGACGUUGCAGCGGUAGCCGAGCGUGUCUCUAUCCUGGCACGCGAAAACUCACCAAACUCCUCUUCUACUCGAGCAAGCAGAAGCGCUUCUGGAAGAAGUAGUCGAAGAGUCAGCAUAGGCUCAGGGCCAGGAGGUGCAACUAAAAGGCGUUCUUCUAGCAUAGACAUCAUUCAAGAGGACAUCAAAACAAUCACGGAGUCAUUUGCGCGUCGAGCGUCAAGAAGAUCAGUGAACAGUAAAAUAUCUACCGUCUCACCGGGAGGGCGCGCUUCUGCGAGUAUCCCUCGCAAAUCGGUUCCUGAGCCACCGAGUACUUCGCAAAUAGAAAACACCAGUCACAAGCAAGGGCUGAGCCGCCAAACGACUGGGGAAACAGAACCGUCGAAGGGUAUCGUACAAGAGGAGGACGAAGUAGAAAGCAAUAAUAGAAGACAGCACGAAAUACAACCGGAAGGUGAAGUAGCAGAAGUUGAGGUGUCUGUGGGCGGUCGCGAAGAAGAUCGUGCUGAAGAAGAAUUAUCUGGUGAGAGCACUCGAGAUCCACCUGCCAGAGCCAGCGUUUUCAGCCGGCUCUUUGGAAAGCGCAGUAGCAAACAGCAAUCGCUGAAGCGUAAAUUCACUGCUCCAGCGGACCGUCCGCUGCAUAGCAAGAUGAAGAUGCAUGCUUCUCCGACGGCACCGGUCGGGCGCGACUCGGUGACUCAAACCAAGAAAGAUGCGGCUGGUAAGAGAGGUGCCAACUUCGAACAUCAGGCCAGCAUGGGCAUGGCCCAUCCCAGAGCCUCCACGCCGGCGUUGGCAAAGGGGGGGAACGCGAAUAACCAGAAAGAUGUAAUAGUGCCGCUUUUACCCUUAGAGCGGCUCUCCUUUGUCGACGAGGACCUGAUGCACAAGAUUGCAGUGGUUGCCGGGCAACAGGCGGUCCAGUCGUACGCGAAUCAAAUCCAAGCGGAUGACACAGCAACUCCCCGUCUCCCAGGUGGAACUACGGGCAACGGCACCACGAAAGGGAUCAGCACGCUGAUGACCCCACCACUCGUGAGCAGCCCUCGUGUGCCGACCAUGAAGACGGAGGACGCGAGAAUUGUGCGGCCCGCGAGAAAGCAGACGGAUCAUGAACCGGAGGACUUCUUCGCUGUUAGCUCGGCGCGAACGGAUUCGUCUUCUGCGUCGACCGUGAUGCAUCCGGACAAACAGGAUAUGAACUUCGCUCCCCCCGCGCGGGAGCUAAUCGACAACGUGGAGAGCGCGACGGAAGCGAACGGAAAUAUUACAAGUGUUGACAACUACGGCGAUGGGCCUGCGGAAAAGCAAGAGGAUGGAGAGGAAGAAGCGGGAGUUGCAGAACAGAGUGCCGCAAGCAUUUUGCAAGACGAGGCGGGGCUACAAGCAGAAGACGGGCAGGCAACUUCCUUGCUGGCUUCCAGCGCUGGCGCCGGUGAGCAGAAUGGGAGAACCGGACCUCCUCCUGUUCCUGCAGCCGGCUCCCCGCAAGAGACAGGGGGUGAGAUCGUAGAAGGUGACGUGGAGUCGGAAAGAAUGUUCGACGCAGUACGGGAGCAUAUGGCUGCUGCUCUUCGUGCCGAGCAGGAACAAGGGAAACUUACAAAAAAGACCGCAGCAGCGCCCAAGAAGAAGGGGACGACGGGCGCCGCACAGAAUAAAGCGAAGGGGAGCAAAAAGGCUGCAGCUGGUGGAGGCGCUAGGCCUGCUCCGGGCCCGGCCAGUAAGAGCGGAAACAAGGCCACGAACAACAAGGCAGAAUCGAGCAUGAUCAAGCCUAAAAGCAAGGUGGCUGCCGCAGCCUCAAAGGCUCUCACACUCACUCCUCGCGCUGUUGCCAAAAAGAACGCAGGCGGACCAGCUGCUGUUCCCGGCUCAGCAGCGGCGGCUAAGAAAAAGGCGACCCCCGCGCGGAUGCGCCGCGACGGUUCUGCGGUAAUCACGACUCCUCGUGGCGUCGAUGCCGCGAGGACCGUGAUUGACGGCAACGAGGACUUCGAUACCGAAGUUCCGGACCCUCCGCCUCGGGCACCCCUCUACGCCCGCGCAGAAGGCGAGGCAGCGCCGCAAGCCUCGGGACAGCAUCAGAAACAGCCAAACACACCUCGGUCAAUCCAGAAGCUUGGGCUGCACAGUAGCUCCAAGCAUCAACCACCUCGGGAACACCAAAAGGAGGGGGCAGAGCGUAUGUCAGCGUUUUUGCAUGCUGGCGGCCAGACCCUCAGCGCGCGCGACCGUGCAGGGGCGCCUUCCGAGCGGCCACAGAAGAAGCAAGAUGAAGACGCGCCACCUCCAGCGACUGACGCUCCGGAGUGGAAACGUGCUAGCAAGCCGGUGAAGAUCAAGAAGCAAUUCCAAGAAAAGAAGGCGCUGGACAAGCCAGUGCGAAUCUGGGUGAAUAUCAUCAUCAAGAACCGCGACGACGUGGUAAGAGAACUUCCUAAUUUGUGUUGCGAUUCGUAACCAUUUUAUUUUCUAUGCAUAGUUCAUUUUUCUUUUUGCCGGUUAUUUGGUGUUAGAAGUCAGUUUCCGAUGAUGGCAGAAACAGAUCACUCCGAAAAGUCGCAAUUUAAUGGGAAAAGCCAUCUCCCAUUCUCAAUUAUACAGGCUGAGGCUCGCAAAUUUUUGAAUUGACAACAUCUUGUCGUCUCGAAGUUACCAAUGGCACGGAAGUUUUGCCCUCAAAUUCAUUCUCUCGUCCUCCUUGAGUCAUCUUCUACUCGAUAAACCGAUGACAAGGCGAUAUCUCCACUCAAUGAUUUUAUUUCUUUAUCUAUCAGGUGAAAGCGAAGGUCGCUGAGAAGCUGCCCAAGGGUGGGGUGGUCUUGCACUUGGGGAUUACGCAGGCGAUCGCCGGCAGUGCCGCAGCGCGUUUUGCCGCUGCCGACGCUGUGACCGCACCGGUGGUCAGCGGUCUGAUUGACAAGUUACCGGACGCACUGGCACAGAAGGCAGGCAUCCAGAUCAAACUUGAGGGCCGUAUGGUGCACGAGUUGCUCGGUGUACUCUCGCUGGAAGUGCAGGACGUGAACCCGUGUCAGAUGACGGCCGUGGAGGCACCGGAGAAAGAGUCCUUUGUGGUCGCGAUGGUGGGGGCGCUGAUCAACCUGGAGAUGGCGGCAGGUCUGGAAGGCCUGUGGGAAAAAUUCAUGGAUAAAGCCAGGAAUGGACUGAUCAACAAGCUGGAAAAGCAGGUGCCGGACAAUUUGCGCGACAAUGGCGGCGUGGAAGCCUGCGUUAUCUGCAAAACCGAGGAGGAGCAGGCCGAUUGGGUGCUGGAUUUCCUGGCCAAGACGAAGGGAGACCUGGAGGCCCAGGUAGAAUUCGCAAACAAGGUGGAACGGGACCGGGCGGCGCAACGCGCCAAGGAGCUGCGGGACAAAGAAAAGUUGGAGCGCAUGGCUGCCGCCUCGAAAGCGGCGAAAAGCAGCGUUCCCCAGUCCAGAAACCGCUAGAUACGACUUGUUCGCGAAGAUGCUAGUCCGCGCAGGACUAGCAUUGAUCGUAAUCGAUGGUAAUCUCUUUUUCUCUACUUACUCAAGAUGUUGAAAUGCCAAUGCGAAAUCUUUUUCCUCUGUCAGUCUGAGGUUCGAUUAGAAACUGAUAGCUAUGGCCCCUUCGGCGCACUUGCGCAGAGAGGCCGAGGCACGAGGAUGUACUGCUCUUCAUGAUACAUUGCAGAGUAUUUUUUGACCAUAUCCUCACUUCAAAUUUGACUUUUAUAACGCUGGUCCUAUCCGUAGAAGUAGUAUAAUUCUGUUAGUGGUUCGUGAUGUAGACGCAGGCCAUGAUGAUUUCACGCUUCGAUCAUGCAGAAUAACGACAUGAAUACUUAGAAUAUACAGGAACACACGUAAAUUAUAAAUGAAUACUUACCUUAUUUUCUGAUUUUUUCUUCUUUUCUUAAAAUGUUGCACUAAAGGUCAUCUAAAAACGGACACUUUUCUCUUGUAGAAAUCUAACGAUGAAAAAACGUACUUAACUGAAUAGUUGUUAAUAUUUAUGAGAAUGUAUGUAGCCAAUGAAGUCUGCUAGUUUUCCUGGCGGGCCCACACCUAACCUAGCCUAUGCAUAUCUGGUAGCUUUGCGCUACAUCCUCGUGAAAGAGUGAGAUGUGUUGCUUCAUAGUUUGCGGGUUGCUGAACUUUUCUCUUAGUACCGAACCUCAGUGGAAUGGCC